CACACAGCGAACAGCUCUGUGGUUUGUGUGUUUCAUGCUUCAGCCAGAACGAAUAAAUCCUGACAAAACGUUGGUUAACUGACCUAAUGAAUGUCCUUCACAUCAGGAGAGCAGUAGGAUUUUACCGGCGCCCCAAGACACCGAAGGGAAAUCUGGAGCAAAUAGCGAAAGUAAGCCCUCGGCUUUGCAAACUGGACUUGCGCUUUGCAACUGCAGAGCACAUGUGCGUGCCCGCCGCUCACGGGAAAUGCGCCCAGCGGCCCAAGGUUGCGAGCAGGAUCUCAAAGCGUCCUCAAUCCUAUAAAAGCCACGGGGGGUGAGGAGAUGUGGUUUUUUUGUUUGUUUGUUUUGUAAAAAACGGAAAUGGAAGGUAAGUGUAUUGCCCAUUUCCUUUGUCCAGAGUUGGGAAGCAGGUUCUUUGCCCGAACUUGUUUCCGGCUUCCUUUGUUUCUGUGCGGCUUGGAGGGACUCGGCAGGAGAGCUCCUUUUAUAAAGUGGGGUGGGGAGCUCUCCCCCAAAUCUUCUAGAUCUUGUCAGAGUAAUGUGGCGUUGGUAAGCUUUAGGGAGGAAUUGGCAGGCUUUGGAGACAGCGGAGCCUUCGAUAGCUCAGUUGGUAGAGCGGAGGACUGUAGUGGUACGAGUUGCGGCAAUCCUUAGGUCGCUGGUUCGAUUCCGGCUCGAAGGACUUCGUACGCUCUUUUUAGCUUCCAACUCAAGCCAAUCAAGUCGUAGGGAGAAAGUUUCACCGAGAGGCCCGCUGUGGAUUUGCAGGAGCACGGCAGAUGUUCGGUGAAACACAUGUGCAGUGAGUCUUCCGGUUUAUUUCUUGGUCACUUCUGUCUUGCCCUCCUCCCAGCGGGCAGGCCGUUAACCGUCUUCUGAGAAGACCCCGGUGGAACCCUCUGGCCGGAUCUGCCCGCCGAGCCCCCAAAAGCCACUGGCUCAGCUCUCAGGGCCAGAGUGGGCAGGAGGAUGCUUUCCCAGCCUCACCAUGGAGCUGCGCUGUGGGGGAUUGCUGUUCAGUUCUCGCUUUGAUUCAGGGAACCUAGCCCACGUGGAGAAGGUGGAAUCUGUGUCUAGUGACGGGGAAGGAGCAGCAGGUGGGGCAUCAGCCCCCACCAGUAGCAUCGCCUCUUCUCCUGACUACGAGUUCAACGUGUGGACCCGACCAGACUGUGCUGAAACGGAGUUUGAGAAUGGGAACAGGUCAUGGUUCUACUUCAGUGUCCGGGGAGGAACUCCAGGGAAACUCAUCAAGAUCAACAUUAUGAACAUGAAUAAGCAAAGCAAGCUAUACUCCCAGGGCAUGGCCCCCUUUGUGCGCACACUCCCCACCCGGCCACGCUGGGAACGCAUUCGAGAUCGGCCCACCUUUGAGAUGACAGAGACGCAGUUUGUGUUAUCCUUUGUCCACCGUUUCGUGGAGGGCCGUGGGGCCACCACCUUCUUCGCCUUCUGCUACCCCUUCUCCUACAGUGACUGCCAGGACUUGCUAAACCAGCUAGACCAGCGCUUUCUGGAGAACCACCCUACCCAUAGCAGCCCCCUGGACACCAUUUAUUACCACCGUGAGAUCCUUUGCUAUUCUUUGGAUGGACUUCGUGUAGAUCUAUUAACGAUCACUUCCUGCCAUGGGCUUCGAGAAGAUCGAGAGCCCCGUCUAGAGCAGCUAUUUCCUGAUACCGGCACCCCCCGACCCUUCCGUUUCGCAGGCAAGAGGAUAUUCUUCUUAAGCAGUAGGGUACACCCCGGGGAGACUCCAUCUAGCUUUGUCUUCAAUGGCUUUCUGGACUUCAUCCUUCGACCUGAUGACCCCCGGGCCCAAACCCUGCGUCGCCUCUUUGUCUUUAAGCUGAUUCCCAUGUUGAACCCCGACGGUGUGGUCCGGGGCCACUACCGCACAGACUCGCGUGGAGUGAACCUGAACCGUCAGUACCUGAAGCCCGAUGCAGUCCUGCACCCAGCCAUCUACGGGGCCAAAGCUGUGCUUCUCUACCACCACGUGCACUCCAGACUGAACUCCCAGGGUCCCUCUGAGCACCGGCACAGUCCCCAUCUCCCUCCUGAUGCUCCCCUUUCUGACCUCGAGAAAACCAACAAUAUCCAAAAUGAAGCUCACCUUGGGCACGCGUCUGACGGGGAUGACCCUGAAGGCUGGACACAGACCGAGUCGGCAGAACAGAAGCCCAGCGGUGUGUGGAUUAUGCCACAACGGUCCGCUGAGGUUGAGCAGCCGGCCCCCGACACCAUCCCCCCUAAAGAGAGUGGCGUCGCUUACUAUGUGGACCUGCACGGACAUGCUUCCAAAAGGGGCUGCUUCAUGUAUGGAAACAGCUUUAGUGAUGAGAGCACCCAGGUGGAAAACAUGCUGUAUCCAAAGCUCAUCUCCUUGAACUCAGCACACUUCGACUUCCAGGGUUGCAAUUUCUCAGAGAAGAACAUGUAUGCCCGAGACCGCAGAGAUGGCCAGUCUAAGGAGGGAAGCGGCCGGGUUGCAAUCUACAAAGCCUCAGGGAUAAUCCACAGCUACACACUUGAAUGCAACUACAACACCGGACGCUCAGUUAACAGCAUCCCUGCCGCCUGCCAUGACAACGGGCGGGCCAGCCCCCCUCCCCCGCCGGCUUUCCCCUCCAGAUACACUGUGGAACUGUUUGAACAGGUGGGACGAGCUAUGGCCGUUGCAGCUCUGGACAUGGCAGAAUGCAAUCCAUGGCCCCGAAUUGUACUAUCAGAGCACAGCAGCCUCACGAACCUCCGUGCCUGGAUGCUAAAACACGUGCGCAGCAGCCGCGGCCUGAGCAGCACUGUGAACGUGGGUGUCAACAAGAAGAGAGGCUCUCGAACUCCACCCAAAAGUAACAACGGCUUGCCUGUUUCCUGCUCUGAAAAUCCCUUGAGCCGUGCACGCAGUUUUAGCACUGGCACAAGUGCCGGUGGCAGCAGCAGCAGCCAGCAAAACUCUCCACAGAUGAAGAACUCCCCCAGCUUUCCUUUUCAUGGCAGUCGGCCCACAGGGCUGCCAGGCCUGGGCUCUAGCACUCAAAAGGUCAGCCACCGGGUGCUGGGCCCUGUCAGAGAGCCCCGAAGCCAGGACAGGAGACGACGGCAGCAGCCACUGACCCAUCGCCCUACUUCAAGCGGCCUGGCCCCAUCCCCAAAUCCUGCUAGUUCUAGCCCAGCAGCCUCACACAACAUGGGCUCCUGCCUACUCCCCAGCUCACUCAGCAUAUCAGGGAGCAGCUGCUCAUUCCUGUCCUCAGGCGACAAGCCAGAGGCUGUCAUGGUGAUUGGGAAAGGGCUGCUAGGGACUGGACCUCGGAUCCCCUGUAUCAGGACACAACUGCAGGCUAGGCCCAGGUUGGGCCGGGGCUCACCGCCGACUCGCAGAGGGAUGAGAGGCUCUUCGGGCCCCACAUCCCCUACACCCCGGACCAGGGAGAGCAGUGAGCCGGAGCCAGGACCCAGCUCUGCACCAGGGCUGCCUCACGCCGGGCCCCCACGGCCCCGCUCUGCCCCUGCCUUUUCUCCUAUUUCCUGUAGUCUAUCUGACUCCCAGUCCCGGAUAUGUUACAGCGGGGGGCCUUUGGGCCAGCCUGAGGUUUGUUUUGUCCCUAAAUCACCCCCACUCACUGUUUCUCCCCGGGUCUGAUGCCUCCACCUCCAUGCCCAGGAUAUAGCCCCAAGAUGGGGUACACAGUGAGAAAUGUGCUAGCCUCCUCCCUCAGCUGUUGAUUCCAUGUGACAACCAUAAUUCCUAUAUGAACGGACAGUGAAUACCAGCCACACUGUUCUGAGACAUCCCAGAGCAUCACCUUGAGACAGCACAAAGCAGAAACCUGCUACCCCAUCCCUCCCUCCACAGCACAAGAUUUUGGGACCACAAAAAAUAUAUAUCUAUAUUUUUAUAUUGGGGGGAGGGAGUAGAAAAAGCCCCUAUACUGGGCCCUACUCAGUGGCAGCUUCUUGUUCCAUAGGGUUAAGGAAGACUUUGAGGAAAUAAAAGUUGUUUGGAAAAAUC